UCACACGUUGUCCACGCCACCGGAAGCAGCUUCAGACAAACUCCCGCGUAAAUUCGCUCCAAUCAACCAUCCACUCCGGUAGACGGUGGAGCAGCGUCGGUUGCACAACUUUCCGUGCGUUGCACAACUAUAGGUCGAGCGUUGCCCCCCAAGUGUGUCUCGCCCUCACCUGUCAUGGAGCGCGCGCGAGCUCGCAGGUUUCGCGUUACGUAUCCCUGUGACGUCAGAACAGGCGACACGUUAUUUAAGUAACUUUCUAUAGCCUCAACCUCCCCGCUUCAAGUCUUCAGAUCGUUGCAUAAAGGAAGAGAGAAAAGUAAACAGAUGGCUCUCAGAGGCGCUGUCACCCGUCUGCUCAACAACAGCCAAAUAUGUGCUGCUGUCACUGCAUCCAGAGCCCAGGGCACCGCUGCUACGGCCAUCAACGAUGUUGAAGAAAUCCAAAAGCCUGCAAAGGCACCCAAGGUGCCGUUCAACUGGCGGGACGCCCUGAAUCUGGAGGGUCAACUGACGGAGGAGGAGAUCCUACUGAGGAGAUCCUACUGCCAGGAAAAACUCAUGCCCCGCGUCCUCAUGGCCAACAGAAAUGAACAUUUCCACCGUGAGAUCGUCUCAGAGAUGGGAGAACUGGGUGUUUUAGGCCCAACUAUUAAAGGGUACGGCUGUGCCGGCACUAGUUACGUGGCGUACGGCUUGAUUGCCAGAGAGGUUGAGAGGGUGGACAGCGGGUAUCGGUCCUCCAUGAGUGUCCAGUCUUCGCUGGUCAUGCACCCCAUCAAUGCUUAUGGCACCGAGGCCCAGAAGGACAAGUACCUGCCCCGGCUCGCUCGGGGAGAAAUCCUGGGCUGCUUUGGCUUGACGGAGCCCAACCACGGCAGUGAUCCCAGCGGUAUGGAGACCAAGGCCAAAUACAACUCAUCCAGCGGCACCUUCUCCAUCAGUGGAGCCAAGACCUGGUAGGUCCACAGACACAUACAACAUGCCUUGUCUUCUCCUUUUAACUUAGAAUGGGACAAACAUACAGACGCCAGUGUUCCUCACCUCAUCCUGGAGCGUGGAAUGAAGGGUUUGGCCACCCCCAAAAUCGAAGGCAAGUUCUCGCUGAGGGCGUCCGCCACCGACAUGAUCCUGAUGGAUGAAGUGGAAGUUCCCCAGGAGAACCUGCUGCGCAACGUCUCCGGUCUAGCUGGUCCUUUUGGCUGUCUGAACAACGCCCGCUAUGGCAUUGCAUGGGGAGCUCUGGGAGCUGCUGAGUUCUGCUUCCACGCUGCCCGGCAGUACACGCUGGACAGAAUCCAGUUUGGGGUGCCACUGGUCAGGAACCAGCUGAUGCAGAAAAAAAUGGCUGACAUGCUGACAGAGAUCACCCUUGGGCUUCAGUCAUGUCUGGUCUUGGGAAGACUUAUUGAUGAAAAGAAAGCAGCACCCGAUAUGAUCACCAUGCGCAUGAAUAGCUGUGGCAAAUCUUUGGAUAUUGCCAGACAAGCCAGAGACAUGCUGGGAGGAAACGGCAUCUCGGAUGAGUACCACGUCAUCCGGCACGUCAUGAACCUGGAGGCCGUCAACACCUAUGAGGGAACUCAUGACAUUCACGCCUUGAUCCUGGGCAGAGCGAUCACCGGACUGCAGUCUUUCACUGUUGAAAAGUAAAGGUUGAAUUGGAUGUGAUUUCGUGCUGUGCUAUCUGUUUCUCAUUUGGCAAGCUCCUACGUGCAGAAACAUGAAGUGCACUUAAUCUACCUCAUACACUGAUACAUAAUUUACAUUAAUAUGUUUUCACACUUGUGACGGGAGCUUCUCUGCUUCCGUCUGUCAUCUUUGGUGAACAUGUAAGGUCAACCUAACUUAAGCAUUGGGUCCAACUGCGGUAACAUUUGUACAUCAGGAUGUCUGAAAUAUACUUCAGGCACUGAUUAUGCAUGGUGCAUGUAAAAGUUGUGGCAUUUUAAGUCAGUUUAUUUUGUGAUAAAUGGAUAAUAUGUAAAUAAAUGGCUUUUGAAUUUGUGGAAAUAUACAAUACGAGUGACUGUAGCUGAGAUAUGUAAAAGAUACCAAAUUAGAAAUCUAAAUUAUCUUCUGUUCUUAUUUAAUGUCAUAUUAUGUAAGUUACUGUCGGUCCGAAGAGCCAAUUAUCACCUGUGCUGACACCUGAGAGACGAAUAAUGAGGUUUAUUUUGUUCUCGUUAGUUUUAUUAAUUGUAUCAACAGAUACUGAAAUUGUACAUAUAUAUAAAACAUGUUUUCAGGUGUA